UAAGCGAUUUGGGUUGCACAAACAGUUGAAUAAAAAUGUAUUAGUUUCAAACACGAUACCAAGGUUUAUGUUGAAGUCUGAAGCUUAUCACAGAAAAUUGAUAACAACUAAUCAGCUGUUGUUUUAGUUUGAAAAUUAAUCGGUAUUUCGGUACAAAAUAAUUACAUUUACAUUGUAUAAUAUAUUAUACUACCUACAUAUUUAUUAUUUAAAUUUAAAAGUGUUUUUAUGUUGUUUACCUUCGUCUGUAAUAAGUAGAGUACUAUAGUAAAAUAAUGUCAGAAGUGAAUGUAAGUGAGUUCAAAUCAAAACGGCAACGGGGAAAAAAUUUUACAGAAUGGGAGAAAGAUAUGCUAAUUGACUUGAUAUUACCAUUCAAGUCAAUAAUUGAAAACAUGAAAACUGAUGCGGUUUGGAAUCAAAAGAAAACUGAAGCCUGGUCAAAGAUUACUUGUUUGUACAAUAUGCAACAAAAAUCAGGCAUCAGAAUUGAUGUACAAUUAAAACACUUGUACGAUGGACUGAAAAGAGAUGCUAGGAAAGAAAAAAGUCACGAUAAGGUACAAAGGUAUAUAACAGGUGGAGGUACUCACAUCCCAAGUAUUUCAAAAUCUACAGAAAAAAUUUUUGGUUUACUGGGAGAACAAUUAGAUCCCCUAAAUAAUGUAGUAGAUUGUGAUGGUGACUACAAUACAGGUAGGGCAUCAAAGUGUAGAUGUAGAAGAUGCUUUAGAUGAUGGAACAUCAAACGAUUUGUAUAAUAGUGGAUCAGGUAUGAAUAAAUAAUGAAUGAGCAUGGGCGCAACUACUAAAUAGGGG